AAAUGGAUUACCACAAUCGACUACAUCUGCUACAGGGCAAGAAUACAAAUACUAAACUAAUUGAAUUGAGUUUGAUUGCUUAUUAAAUAUAAUACAGAUAUCGAUUACUCCUCACUCUCACCGGAAGACCACCUAUGCCUGUCCUUCCACCUCGAUUCACUCUCCCACGCCGACGCCCUCUUCCGCACCUCUUCCUACGAGCAAUGCAUCUCCUUCUGCCAACAGCGUCUUCUUUCCAACGGCUCCAACCAUCACCCCUCCCGCACCACCGCGUCCUUCUCGCCCCGCAAAACUCACCACUUCCUGACCGCCAGACAACGGCUCUCCCAAGACGUUCGCGAUAGCCCCGUGCCGGACUACUUCAAGAGCUGGUACAUGGCUUACCAGGUGUACUCCAACCUCCGCCUCUCCCGUUUCCUCCACGCCGCAAGCGAAUGCGCACAUACCAUAGUCUUGCUCGAGGCAAUCGUUGAGCGAGCGGAAACAGACGCGGACUACAUCGCAGACUUUUCUGUCGAAAAACGCGACCGGCUCUGUCGUCUGCUCAGAACCCGUCGGUAUUCAAUCUCAAUCGCGUUUUCCCAGAUCCUAAGAGUCUGGCAAACAUCGUCGUCGUCGUCGUCAGGAACUACUCUGAAACCGCAGACGAACGCGGCUAUCCAUCCGCGCGCGACUUUUGACUAUAUCUUUGAAUCCUGCCAGGCCGUUUACAAAUCAUCCGGGCUGUCGCCUGAUCUGCUUGAUCAGUACCUCAAUCUGAUCUUUGUCAGAAACUCGCCGUUUCUACUGGUCGACUGUAGUCGCGGCUGCUACAUGAACACAACCCCGCGUCGCUCUGGGAAGAUCAAGAUCAAAGCCGGACAACCAUCGACUGCCAAAUCCCGUCGGCGCAUGCUAAUCUUCCCCGCCUGCGCGGCAUCAUCCAAAUACUCCUCACACCCACCCUUCACCCACAAAGCUCUCGCACCCGACGACAGCAGCAGCAGCAACCCCGAGAUACCCCUCAUUCUAUCCGACUCCUCGCUCUGCGCGUUCUGGCACGCGCGCACCCUGCUAUUCAGCGCGGCGAUCUACCUUCGCCUCGCGAAUCUCGAGCCGGCAAUGUGUAGACUAGGCGACUCUGUCCGGCUUUUGAAGUCCGUGCUUGUGUCUUUUGAUAAUACCGCGAUACCAGAACCGAUACCCCCGGCGUCAGUGAGGAGUUCUGAUGUGAAGGAGGUUUAUGAGUUGUUGGAUCGGUUAUUGUUUGAGAUAGAGUUGGGGCGGGCGUGUAUUGGUGGUGAGGUUAUUGAUAGGGAUGUGAUUGUCGAUACCUACGUUAAAGCCAAUAGCCUGUUUUUUCACUGUCAAAAGGCUUAUAUCGCACGACUCAGAGUGCACAACUUGGACAGACUAGAUAGAAAGCAGUGAUACCCAGACUGUAAAAGUACAUAUGAACUACAAACCCAUAUC